UUGUUCUGUGAUAUCAUGCGAAAGGAUGUGACUCUGUUUUGCUGUACUGUGACUGCAAAUAACAGCACAUUCAAGAAGAAGGCUCCUAAUGCCAUAAAGGAGAUCAGGAAAUUUGCGCAGAAAGCCAUGGGAACCAAGGAUGUGAGGGUGGAUGUGAAGCUAAACAAGCACAUCUGGAGCAGGGGGAUUCGAAGUGUCCCAAGGCGGAUUAGAGUUCGUAUUGCUCGCAAGAGAAAUGAUGAUGAAGAUGCAAAGGAAGAGCUUUACUCUCUUGUUACAGUUGCUGAAAUUCCACCGGAAGGGCUAAAAGGGAUGGGUACCAAGGUCAUUGAAGAAGAUGAUGAUUGAUUGUCAUACCUUCCUGCCAUUUGCAGCAAGGAGUUGAUAUAUGAGAGUUUUUGGCUAGUGUUGAGUGUUAAAGAUACUGGUUUAAGUUUUCCUGGUAUUUUGGUCCUUACUGAUUAGACCAUAGACUUUUGUUUGGGUUGUAUUAAGACAAUUAUGUUAGUGCUUCAAAUUUGUCAUGCCUCUGGUUACAUUCUCAAUACAUCUUUUUUCUUCCUUGCAAA